AUGGGACAGAUUAAGCCUGCACAACAACAGCAGCAGCAAAAGAGUAUAUUCAGCAAGCAUCCAUUCACAAUCUACAUAGUAGCUUCCUUUGGCUUUGGCUUGUUGGUGACAGCGCUUGCAUUAUGGAACUCACCAAACACAUGGCUCGAUUUUUACAAUUCCAAGCCGAUAAAGGGUGAUAUGGGGUUUGGAAGGUUCCGUAUACGAGGCUCUCGCUACAUCAAUGGUAAAUACACACCCUUUGCAUACCCCUGGAGACGUAUAGAGCCAAGCCAAACUGGAAAAACGAUCGCUUGGUUUACAUAUGCAAUGCAUCAACUUGGGCAAUGGUUCAUUCUUGCAAUGGUACAGCUAUCAAAAAAGAAACAGACACGCUGGAGCGAUGAUUAUCAAUGGUGGAAUUGGCAAAUGGUGUAUUUGAAUGGAUUCAUGACAGUAUACAAGUUGGUACAUGGGCACAUCUUCUACGACGGUUUGGCUAUUGAUGUCGCUGAAGGUAUUGCUCAAGGGUCUGUAGUAUUAAUCCUUGUAUUUGCUAUCAUCAUUGCAAUUCCAUACCGAGGAGUUCUUUUUGGGUACGGAAAGAGGCCAGCCUCUGAUGCAGUUAUCCAAUUUGUUCGAAAGUAUCAUGGCUAUGCUAUGAGUUUUGGCACUGUGCUCAACUUUCAUUAUCAUCCGGUGGAAGGAACAAUGGGCCACACAUUUGGCUUUAUAUAUCAGUGUAUGCUGAUUUGGCAAUCAACCAACUUUUUACACAAGAGUCAUCGCAACAAGUCAUGGGUUUUGCUCCUGGAAACGUGGGUUUUUAUUCAUGGCACACUCACUGCAUUGAUUCAACCUGGCAUCGGAUGGCAGAUAUUUUCAUAUGGAUUCAUGAUUAUGUUCCUGGUAAAUCAAGUUUUCCAAACCAAAUUGAGCCAGAACAGACUUUUGAUGGGUGUUAUUUACUCUGCCUUCUUCAUCUGGGCUUAUUGGGGAUUCCAUAAAGACAAGGCCUAUUACCGCGCAACAUUCAUCCCCAUUUCAGAGUACUUGUGUGUCUAUUUUGCAUUGGGCGUCGGCAGAUUGACAGAAUACGCAGUAAAGCGACUACCUGGUUUAACGAAGCCCAUUGUCAUUACAAGUGCGGCAGGUGCUACAGUUGCGUUAACUGUAGGAUUGGCAAUGACGCUUGCUGGAAAUCUCACCGUCUACAACGACUAUUAA